CGAAGGGAGUCGUUUAUUCACCAUCCCAACGGCGACGGAUAACCUAGCUGCUACUCUCUACUGUUACUCGCCCUGGUUGAUAUUGCUUUACACCGACGUUGACUACGUUGUAAUGCAGGCUGUUGAGCUGGCGCCGCGACUCGAGAUCCAUCCGUGAGCGAAGCCUUGAACGGGCUGACUCUGUGAUUCGCUCACUAGUCUCUACGAUCAAAUAACAUCGCUCCUGGUCCCUGGAAACAUCGGGCACCCUGGUCUGCGCCUUGUCUAGACUUAUUCCCGAUAGCCUUUGCGACUUAUGUGCGAUUCUUUCUUACCACUGUCCGCUCAACACCACCCUCUCUCACUAUCCUCAGCACCUGGGGAUCAUUUCAAGGUGAACUGCUCACCUCACCAUCCCACCAACUACAGUCCGCAAACUCCCACAUCUCCUCCGUUGAUGUCAGUCGGCGCACAGAGCUAUGCCGCCAAUCUCGCAAAUCCACAUACGUCCUCCAGCCAUACGACGUCGAACGGUCAACCCCUUUCUUCCCCGCCAUCGUCAACCCCAAUGUCUACACAGACCUCACAGCAGCCAACUGUGAGCAGCACAAAUUCCUUUCCUACCCCGGCCAGUAGUGUGAGCGGUCAUCACCGGAAUGCGACGCCUGCAGAUGACGCGGACAGUGCCGACAAGCUGUGGCCUCAAGAUUCGCAGCACUCAAAUGCCGACAAUAUGGAUGUCGAUAGGUCCGAACACAGACGCUCUGAUCACGACCGGGAUCGGUUGCCAGGAACAACUGAACUGGGAGGCUUGCCGGUAUCUACAGACGCAGAUCUGAUGGAUAUUGACUCGAAGGCGGAUCGUUCGAUCAGUCACGAUCCAAGUCUUGAUGCUCUGCAACAAGAUAUCGGCACAGCCUUCCAUCUUUUCAAAACUGCUCCCACAAUUACAGGACCUGAUCCCUCUUUGGAUCUCAUAUCUCUGUAUGGCUUGGGCCCUAUUGGAAGAUCAGUCAUGAGGGUAGACCCUAUAACAGGUGAAAAGAUCAACCGGCUGCGCAAGUCAUACGAAGGAAAAUUGAAAGGGCUAGGAUUGUCGGGAAGAAAUAAAGCUGUAAAAAAUGAGGGCCAGUCUGGAGGACUAAGGCAUCUGAUGAUGUGGCCGGAGGAGGAAUGGCAGAAUCAGAAAGUGUACGGCAAGGAAAUUAGGGUUGCAGAUGUUGAUUCGACCCUUCACAAGUUACAGACGCGAGCGAUGAAGAUGGAACCUGGACCGGUACCGAAUACAGAAUACUGGGAAGACGUUUUAGGCCAUGAGAAACAGCCAAAAAACCCCAACGUUGAUCCGGGUAAAAGGUCCGUUUCCACACCAAAUACCAUGCGUCCCACAGUCCAAGUAAACGGAGCGCCUAUUCCGCCGGCUGCUGAACCAGAGCGUGCUCGUCCGACUCGCGGGAAAAAGCGACACUAUGAUGAUAAUAGUUUUGUUGGCUAUGGCGAAGGCUUUGUUGAUGACGAGGACGAAUCAGCCUUCUACUCAAAUAGCGAAGAUCGAAGCGGGAAGAAGAAGCGGAAGAAGGAGCAUAUUUCUAAAAUGUCACCUCCAAUGCCAGAACGGACAGGAAGUUACGGGGUUGGGAAACUGGACCCUCGCAUUCGGAGCUCGCAGGAAUCGCACUAUUGCAGUUACAUUGUUUUCAACGUACAUUUUGAUUUUUGCAUCGAGGUGCUGGAUAUACCCGCGUUUGAUAACUCGGACGGCGUUUCACGGUUGGGACAUGUUUUAUAA